CUUUUCAAUUCCUGGAUGGCAGCGGCGUGUUAAUCCAGCCUUCAUCCUGGAUUUCAUAAACUAAAACAAGAGAGGCUGGCAGGAGCACAGCGCUGCUGCUGGGUUGAGGAAAUUGAUGACGGCGAAGCAUGCGGGCAACACAGUGUAUAAAACUCAUAAACGUGUAGGCAGAAGCUCAGCUACUACUUUGGACGGCUUGCUUUCCCGCCAGCAAAGACCAGGACGGCAGGGAGCUGAGCGGGAGCCAGCUGCGAGCCAUGAAGAGCCUUUUGUUGCUGACCACACUCCUGGUACCUCUGCACCUGGGCAUGGCCUGGAGCGCCAAAUAUGCGGUGGAUUGCCCGGAACAUUGUGACAAGACUGAGUGCAGAAGCAGCCUGCGGUGCAAGAGGACAGUGCUAGAUGACUGUGGCUGCUGUCAGGUGUGCGCUGCGGGGCCUGGAGAAACCUGCUACCGUACAGUCUCCGGCAUGGACGGGGUCAAGUGUGGUCCGGGGCUGAAGUGUCACUUUUACAGCGAGGAGGAUGAUUUUGGUGACGAGUUUGGUAUCUGCAAAGACUGUCCCUAUGGCACGUUCGGGAUGGAAUGCAAAGAGACUUGCAAUUGCCAGUCGGGCAUAUGUGACAGGGUGACCGGGAGAUGUCUGGACUUUCCCUUCUUCCAGUAUGCGGCAGCCAAGUCGCCCAGCAGGACGCCUGCCUCCCACACAGAGCGUGACGCAGCAUCCGGAGAUGGCAAUGCUGUGAGAGAAGAGGCUGGAGAACCGAGUGCUGCCCGGCCCUCUGUGAUGAAAUGGUUAAAGCCACGCUGAUCCUGGCGGAGAUUUGCCAAGAGAAGGCUUCACUUUAGUGACCAACAUUCAGCGAACAUUUUAAGAACCGUCUAGAAGAUAGACUGUGGACAUGUAAUUUAUGGAGAUCAAGUGUGAUUCAGAAAAAAAAAAGUAGGCUAUACACAAUCCAUAAAACACAUAUGACUGAACACUUUUAGGUAUUUGUUAAAUAUUUAAAUUCAUAUAGAUCUGUUAAGUGUGUGCCUGGGUGUGUGUGUGUGUGUGUGUUGUGUGUGUGUAUGUGUGUGGUGUGUGUGUGUGUGUGGUGUGUGUAUGUGUGUGUGUGUGUGUGGUGUGUGUGUAUGUGUGUGUGGUGUGUGUGUGUGUGUGUGGUGUGUGUGUAUGUGUGUGUGGUGUGUGUGUGUGUGGUGUGUAUGUGUGUGUGUGUGUGUGUGGUGUGUGUGUGUGUAUGUGUGUGUGGUGUGUGUGUGUGUGUGUGUGUAAUCACCAAGGAACUUAAUAUGCAAUUGAGAUGGUUUUACAGUCAAUGUGUAAUCCACUCAAAGCUGAAGAACUGGGGGUUCAUUGACUUGGGUACACGUUCUUAUUGAGAUACAGGUUGAAGAAGAGUUAGAAGUAGGAGACAGAGGGAUGGUUGUAAAGUAGGGGUUUUCAUAUUUGACUCAUCCUUGUAACAGUUUAAAAUGUUUUAUAUUGUUUUAAUUGGAGGAAGUAAAACAAGAUCAGAAAAGCCUUGAAGGAAGUGAGAUAUUGGAAGCUCACAGAAAUCUGAGCAACUGCUUUGAAUGGAAAUGCGAUUAUUCCAGCUCCUUGUAUCUGAUGGGAUGGGGCAGGCAGAGGAGGCAGAUAGAGGAAUGACUAUAUAUAUAUUCCCAUCACUAUAUUCCUGUCACUGGUUUAAACACUGUGGACCUUGAGACAGAUCUAGAAAGUAGUUUGCUUCCUGAAGGACAGAACAGGGUGAAGGUGAAUAUUUAUGUAUUUUUAUAAACAAAUCUUGUAGUUUAAAUAUUUCCAGCACCCAUGUGUUUCACCAUCUUAGAGAAAUUACCCUAAUGUUGUUGUUUAAAAUGGGUUCUCAAACACUCAUAUAUGGAAAUUGUGUUAUUAACAAUUGCACUAAUAGUAAUAAAAAUGUAGUUACUCUGGAUUUAUACAAUGUUGAAAAUUUUAAAAAAUGCUAUAUCUUGAGUGAAUUUAAAAUUUAAAUCAAAAAAUAACUUUUUAGACGGUUUGAGAAAGGAAAGUUAAUUUUCAUUAGGAAAUGUGUCAGCUUUAAGUUAUUUUCUUUUUUAUUCUUUUAAACUUGAUUGAUGAAUGGAACUGAGCUUACACCUGGAGGACCUUAGCACAAGAAGAACUGUUUUACUGCUGAUGCUGGGAGAUAUUUGCAGAGCAUUUUAUUUGGAGUGAAGAACUUAUUUAAGAAGUAUUUCCUUAUUUACUUAUAUUUUAUUCUCAAACUUUGCCAACAGAGUUGUGAAUGUACUUGUGGGAAGAUCCUUGAAUGUAAUGUUAGGUUUUGGUUUUAAAGAACAGUGUAUUAUUGUUCAAUAAAAAUGGCACAACUGUUC